AUGUCUCAGCGAUUCAGGCCCUCGACCUCCUACAGCACCUCAGCGUCCACAUCUUAUGCAUAUGGUGACUACACAACCACAACAUCUGGUCCAGGAACACGCAAGGGAACUGGUAGACCUUCGACUGCUCGGCCAAGAACUGGUGCAUCAACCAUCGCCAGGAUCGAAGCCCAGAACGUCGUGUGUGCCAUUGCCGAGUCGCGUGGAAUUUCGCCAACAGUCGGCUUAGCUUUUGUGAACCUCGAUACAGCAGAAGCUGUGCUGUGUCAAAUCUGUGACAGUCAGACGUAUGUUCGAACGAUUCACAAGUUGAAGGUGUAUGGACCUUCUGAGAUCCUCAUCGUCUCUACUGCAGCGAGCCCCAAGUCGAAGCUCUUUUCUAUCAUAGAGGAGAAUCUCGAGGAUAUUGACAGUAAACUAACACUGCUUGACCGUCGCUACUGGGCCGAGUCAACCGGAUACGAGUACAUACAGUCUCUAGCAUUCAAAGAAGAUGUCGAAUCCAUCAAAAUCUCGGUCGCUGGCAACUAUUAUGCCGUCUGCUGCAUUGCAGCGGCUCUCAAAUACAUCGACUUAGGUUUGGGAAUGUUGUUCUCGUUCCACUCGCUCAGAAUGAGAUACGAGCCUUCGGAAGGAUCCAUGAUGAUUGAUGUGUCCACCAUCUACUCUCUCGAGCUGGUCCAGAACUUGCAGAAUCCCAAAUCGAAAGACUGCUUGUUUGGACUCUUGAACGAAACGUUGACACCAAUGGGAGCACGCCUUCUGCGAAACAACAUCCUACAGCCACUCACCGAUCCGGAUGUGCUCAACACUCGAUACACUGCAGUCGAUGAACUGACCACAAAGGAAGAGAUGUUCUUUGCAACUAGGGCGGCAUUGAAGAAUUUCCUAGACGCUGAUAGAAUACUGACUGCGCUCAUCGUCUCACCCAGCAAAUCAACUCUGCAGACGACCGAGUCCGCAAUAAACCAAGUCAUCAUGCUCAAGCAGUUCGUGACUUCCGUGAACCCUAUUUUCGAAGCUCUCACUGGAGCAGCAUCAAGCAUGUUGAACAACAUUCGUGAGCUUUGCGCUCCCGAGAAUAUAGUCCCUGUGCAAGAGCUCAUUGAUGGCGUUAUCAACGAGGACACCACUUACGCUAGACAACCCCUUGAACUGAGGAAUCAACGCACUUAUGCCAUCAAAUCUGGGGUCAACGGCCUCCUCGACGUUGCCCGUACUACGUACAAGGAAGCCACUGAAGAUACGUACCAACAUUGCACCGAACUGGGCCAGGAAUACGACAUUCAACUCGAUCUCAAGUAUGAGAAUGCACGUCAGUUCUACAUCAAGAUUCCAGUAUCUGAACUUGACGGGAGAGACUUACCGCCUGUAUUCACCAAUGUCGUCCGUCGAAAAAACAACUUCGAGUGCCAGACGUUGGAGCUGAUGAAGCGCAACCAAAAGGUACGAAGUGACCAAGCUGUUGAGGCUCUUAUUGAGGAGGUUCGUAGCCACAUAUCGAUCAUGUUCAAGAUUUGCGAAGCUAUCGCAUUACUCGACAUGGUGGCUUCGUUUGCACAGCUUGUGACGAUCAACGACUACACCCGACCGCAGCUUACAGAUACGCUCGCUAUCAAAUCUGGUCGACACCCCAUGAAAGAGAAGAUCAUGCAAACAAAGUUUGUGCCGAAUGAUGUCUACGCUACCCAGCAGACUCGGCUCCAGCUCAUCACUGGUUGCAAUAUGAGUGGGAAGAGCACUUACAUCCGUUCUGUUGCACUGAUGUCAAUCAUGGCUCAGAUCGGGUGCUAUGUCCCUGCUUCCUACGCCUCAUUUCCUAUUUUGCAUCAGCUCUUUGCUCGGCUGGGUAUGGAUGACAACAUCGAAACCAAUGUGUCGACUUUUGCAGCAGAGAUGAAAGAAAUCGCAUUCAUCUUGCGAAAUGUUGACCGACGUGGCAUCGUCAUCGUGGACGAGUUGGGUCGAGGCACCAGCACCAGAGAUGGAUUAGCUAUCGCCUUGGCUAUCGCAGAAGCUCUUCUGUCCAGCAAAGCUCUCGUAUGGUUUGCGACACAUUUCAAGGACCUGGCGACUAUCAUGAAUGAACGCGCUGGAGUGCUGAACCUGCACUUGGCAGUCGAGCUGGAGAGCAACGAAAGCAUGACAAUGCUGUACCGAAUAGCCCCAGGUGCCGUCCGGGAGUCUCACUAUGGCCUAACACUUGCCCGUGUCGUCCCGCUCCCACCAGGAGUCGUCGAACACGCCACGUUCGUCGCGCAGAAACUCGAGCGCCAUCUCCUGAAACAGAAGAAAGCGUCCAAAACCGUGCUCAAGGAAAAGCGCCGUAAACUCAUUCUCAAUCUCAAAGAGCAUCUUGUCCAGGCCCAAACUGGAGUCCUUGAAGGCGAGGUCCUGACAGCUUGGCUUAGAGAACUGCAGAAGGAAUUCGUCAAUCGCAUGACCGCGCUUGAAACUGAAGCAGCGAGUGCCGGCCAAGCCAGUGAAGAUGAGGACGAGGAAAUGCGAGAUGGGAGUGAGUACGAAGAAGAGGAGCGACCGAGUACGCAUGCCAGUCAGCCGUCUGUUAUUUCAAUCGAUUCGAGAACCACUUCAUCAGAGUCUGCGUCUACUAUCCGUGCGAUGUCAACGGUUUCUACGGAUCGAGCGGUGUCGGACAACCAGCGCUAG